AUGUUAGGAAGUGGAUUAAUUUCACAUAGACCUGGUCUUGUUAAAGUACUUCAGGUUACAGGCAUAGCCUUCAGUGUUGCCCUGUUAUGUGGGCUCGUGGUCUCCUACAUGAUAUAUCGACUGGCCAAGGCAGAGGAAAGCCAGCAGCUUGAGAAGCUUUAUGAAAUUGUUGAGAUUCCACUCUUAGGAGAUGACAAGGAGUUCUUGGAAGAUGAUGGCCAGGACGCGUCUUCCCACCUGCCUCCAGAGAAAGAGAAGGAGCUGGGGAAGUUCAUUAGCUCAGUUAUUAAGACAAAAAGAAAGGAAAGCAUCCUAAAGAAGAAACUGAAGGGAAAGCAAACGUUUUCCAACAACAAGAUAAUUCAAAUGGAGGACUUAUGA